AUGGCUGAAAUACAAUCAAACAUCCAAGAGUUUUUUAAAAAUAAAUCCGUCUUCGUCACCGGAGGUACGGGGUUUCUUGGUAAGCUGAUCGUCAACAAAUUGAUUAGAUCGUGCCCUCAGAUCAACCACAUCUAUCUUCUAGUAAGGGACAAAAAAGGAAAAAAUGCGCACGAAAGGCUUGAGGACAUAUUCAAUAUGCCGAUAUUUAAAGACAUCGAUGCAACAACAUUAAAGAAAAUCAGUGCACUCAGAGGUGACUGUAGCCAGGCAGAUUUGGGACUGUCCGCUGAAGACCUGAAUAUGUUAAUCAAAGAGGUAAAUGUCAUAUUUCAUAGUGCAGCUACGGUUAGAUUUGAUGAACGCCUUGACAUUGCCAUUGGAAUAAACGUAAUCGGUGCCAGAGAAAUCGUAAAACUUGCUCAGAAAGUUGAAAAUCUCGCGUCUUAUUUGCAUGUCUCGACGGCUUUCUCCAAUUGUCAUAAUAAACGUAUAGAAGAAAAAUUUUAUAAUCUACCAUAUAACUAUGAAAAACUCAUACAUCUUUAUAAGACAAAAAGUUCAAAUAUACUCGAAAAAAUGAAACCUUUCCUGUUGGGACCCAUGCCAAACACUUACGUCAUGACGAAAGCGGCCGCCGAACAACUGAUCAAGCGCGAAGCCAAGGGUCUGCCCGUCACGAUAGUCCGUCCGGCAAUCGUGAUAGCGACCGCCAACGAACCUCUGCCGGGUUGGAUCGACAAUUUGUACGGGCCGACCGGCAUCGUGACUGGCGUGAUGACGGGCAUAAUAAAAUCUCUGCCCUGUGACCUGAACGCCGUCACGGAUCUUGUGCCUGCCGAUUUGACUGUGAACGCGCUAAUAGCCGCGUCUUGGGAUACACACGUCAGAUACUGUCGUGCCGGGCCAAGCGAAUCGAUCGAAAAUCACACUGACGACCCUCGCAUCUUCAAUUUCGUGUCGUCACCCGAAAACCCAUUGACUUGGAGAAUAUUUUCGACGACCCUGAUGUACUACAUCUUGCACCGGCCCACGGCUAAGGCCAUGUGGUAUCCGACGUUGAUAAUGAAUUCGUCGGUGUUUUUACACAAGCUCACCGUCCUGAUAUUACAUUAUCUGCCCGCGUUCCUGUUGGAUUUAGUGUUCAUUUGCACGGGAAAUAAACUCAGAUUGGUCGACCAAUACAAGAAAAUAGGAAGAUUCACUGACAUAUUGGAAUACUUUUCCACGAGGGAAUGGAUAUUCAGUAAUAAAAACGUGCAAAGCUUAUGGAACAGCUUAAACAAUGACGACCAAACACUGUUUCCAUUCGAUAUUAAAAAGAUGCAUUGGGAAGAGUACUUGGAUACGUACCACAAAGGGAUAAUGACAUUCUUGCUCAAAGAAGGACAGGACAAGUUACCGGAGGCCAGGAAACGUCUUCACGGUUUAUAUAUCUGUCAUAUGAUCUUCAAAGGCGCUGUCUACAUAGGACUCAUGAUGCUGUUAUGGGUGAUUUUAAAAAGAAUAUUUUUGGCUUAG